AUGGAGGCCGCAGACGACGUCGACGCCGAGGCAGACCCCGUCGAGGAGCGCAAGACGUUUGCCAGCAGCCUGAUGAGCCCCGUCGUGACGCUCAUGGUCGGCAAGGAGGAGCCCACGCUGCUGCAGGCGCACCAGGCGUUCCUCGUCAGGAGCCCGUACUUUGAGGACAUCUGCAGCAAGUUUGCCGAAGACGGUAGCCCUCGCCAUAUCGAGCUCCCCGACGAGGACUUUGACGCCGUCGGCUGCUUCCUCGAGUUCCUCUACACGGGCGAGUACUUCCCGCGCAAGAUUGCCGGCCAGCGGACGCUCGAGCACGACCCCUCGAUCCCGCCCAUCGACGACUCGGGCAUCCAGCUGCUCAAGCACGCAAAGAUCUACACGCUGGCGCAGAAAUGGGGCGUCGCCGCGCUGCAGACGCUGGCCGCCAACAAGAUCCACUGCAUCAACUCGACGGUCAAGGGCGAGAUCGAAUACGCGCGCUACGUCUAUGCCAACACCGCGCCCGACGACACCACCAUCCGCGCCCCCGUCGCCAACUUCUGGGCGACCCGGUCGCACAUGCUGCGGUCCGAGGCCGAGGACGAGUUCAAGGCAUUGUGCCUGGAGUUUCCCCAGUUCGGUUUCGAUAUUCUCACCCGUGUCCUGGACGACAAGCUCAAGAGAGAGCGCAACGAAAAGAUGCAUCCCUCCAGCGGCAGCGUCCGCAAGCGCCCUCGCCACAGCAGCGCCACCGGUGCCUAA